GUGAGGAUGUCAGUUCAUCUGAAGAUGAGUUCGAAAGAACGAUGAAAGAUGAAUUGGAUGAAAAGAUGAAAACAUUAGAAGAAUCUUGGAUAGAUGAUUAUGAUCUUCCAGCUGAUUUUCCACAAUCCACAAAAGAUGCGGCAAGCUGUUCAACUUCUAAACAGGAUGUCAAACAAACAAACUAUUAUGAUAAUGUUUACUUUGAUUCUGAUGAAGAAACUGCUGAAAGCGAAAGAGGAAAAGAAAAGAAGAAAGUUGUCUCCAAUGCAGAUCUGUUUUACGAUCCUCAAGCUGAUGAUGAUGAUCAAAUAUGGAUUAACAAGCAGAAAGAAAGGGGCAAAAUACAAAAAAGCAAAUCUGAAAGUUCUCGGAAACCCAACCAGAAAGAAAGUCCUCAGCUAAGUUGUCCUGCUUGUAUGGCAACAGUUUGUUUAGAUUGUCAAAGGCAUGACACUUAUCAAAACCAAUACCGAGCCAUGUUCGUACUCAACUGCACAGUACAUAAAGAUGAAGUGUUGCAUUAUAAAGGACCUAAGAAGAAAGUCUUUAAGAGGCAUAAACGCAAGCAUGAUGGUUCAAGUUCUGCAUCUGACGUAGGGUAUGUGAGAAGCACAGAUGCAGAGACUAAUCAACAAUCUACCAAUGAUUCUUACCACCCUGUAAAAUGUGAAACAUGCAAGACUGAAAUUGCUGUGUAUGACAAAGAUGAUGUAUUUCACUUUUUUAAUGUCAUUGCGGGGUAGAAUUAAACACAUUUAAUUGAAUAUAUUUUGCAUGUAAAUACCAUGCGAUUAGUUUCAAAAGUAAUCAUGAAUAAAUUCAACUACAUUUUGUAAA